AUGGACAUAACCAAGCCCUCAAAGCACAUCCUUGAUCUCCCAAACGAAAUUCUGACUCUCACCCUGGAUCUCCUCGACGGGGUUAGCCUUGGACGUUGUUUACAGAUCUCCAGACGCUUUAACAUACUCGCGAGAUCGGAGCUUAUCUGGGCCAGGGUCGUUUCUCCUUUACGCUUAAGCUCCCCAACGCCCUAUGAAUCCUUCAGAGAACUAUAUGCAGCACUUCACCACCAUUUCUGGCUCCACGGCCGUGUUUGGCAUGGUGAUCGCCAAUUUACAGGUUGCCUCUUCAUAGCGCGCUAUAAUCCUGAAUGCGGUGCAAUUCAGAUCUACAAUCUUUUAGCGCAUAGUAUGAACUUUGAUCCUUCAAGCGUGAAACCAUGGUCGCUAGACCCUACUGUUUUUAUAUCAGAUAUCCAACCAUUCGUACGACUAUGGGAAAGCCCAAUCUUUAGUCUUACGAAAGAUACACUUCCAAAUGCACAAUUCGAAAUAGAGCCGCCAUCCACGUGGGGCUCGAUAGCAUCCUCACUUUCCCGCACCACAGUGAUGCCUGUUAAUCGGCAGGUCUCCUCAAUGUCACUCUGGCCGCCAAGAAACAUACCUUCUGCUGAGCGCACACGUAAUAGCUCUGAGCAUGGCUAUAGAGAUGGCGAGCAUCAGCCGGAAUUAGUAGCUGAUGCUUCACAAAAGUUGUUUCGGUUCAGAAAAUGGAUGAGGUUCGACGGAGCCAGCGGAUCCCUGGCGGACAGGUUGCCAUAUGCUAUGAAAGAAAAGUUCGAAACCUUCGCAGCACUCGAUAGCUGGCUAUAUACACCCGACGAACGGCACCCGUUUAGAGGACUGUGGGUUGGCGAUUAUUCUGUCCACGGAUGGGAAUUCAUCCUUUUUCAUCAGCCCAAUCCGAAUAGAUUAGAAGGUAUUAAAAUCACUGGUGAUAUUCACGUGCCACGCGGAGAAUAUACCUUCAUAGUCGAGGACCUCACAAACAUCUCGCGCAUUGCUCAUGAGGUGGAGUGGCCAGGCGCGAAGGCUGUUAAAGGGAAGGGGCAAAUUGCAGCCAGUCAGUUCGUAGACAACAAAUUUGUGGAUAUCGAGGUAAUUUUUAUCGGACCGGACAACAUCGCGCUGCAUUGGUUGGAUGAAAAUCUUCGCCACAUUAGUAAAGUGAACAGGCUAGACAUCAACAAAUUCAUCUACAGCAAAGCUGCAAUUUCAUUUACUGCUCAGGAUGGUUAG